AAAAGUGAAAAUCUGAGAGAAAUGCAGUUUAUAGGUGCAGAAAAGAUCUGAAAAUAUAGAAGGAACUAAAACAUAAAUUGUGUUUGGUUUGAUAAAAUUCCUAAACCAGACCAAACUAUACCGUGGGUUAAAUUGUUGUUGAAAACGUCGGGGUAAAAGGUUACUUUUUAAAAUCUGUUUCUUUUGAAUUUGUUCAAACAUGAAGGUUGAACUAGAUUUAAACACUUACGUACGCUGAUGUGACCAAUCUGACUCAACUUCACGAGCUCAGUUUACUUUGAAGAUGAUAUAGACCAUUAUGGUUAAGCAACAAGCAGGAUCCAUAAAUUCAUGCCAUUUCAGAGUGUGAUCGACAAGGGUUUCUGGCUCAGAUUGUCUUCUUUAAAGCUCAACAAACUUGGCAUCGAUGACUUACCCACUCCCAUCACCGCUAAUAUCUGCAGGUUUUUAUGCACCUUGCUCACAUUCCCAAGUUUCCAAUUAUUUAACUCUUCUGGUGGAAUCUCUACUAUCUGAUUCAGAUGAGGAGUCAUCGGUGACUUCGGCUAGUCACAGGAAUCUUAAUAGAUGCUCUGUUCCGGGAAUUUUAUACAACACAAAUACUCUGGAAAGUUUCUGUGCCAUUGAUAGAGAUAGCUUGCUAAAAGAAAAAGCAAAAAGGAUCUGGGAGCACAUUCACUCAGGUAGAGUUAUGGAUGAUACAAUGGAGGGCUGCUUGAAUGGUGGCAAAUUUAAAGCAACCACAGCAAUGACAACUGCAGUUUAUAUAUCCAGCCGUGGUAGUUACUUGUACCUGAGCCCUCUAUAUCCAAGGCUCACUUUGUCUGGUCUGCAUCUGAUGUGUCAUUCCUUCUCAGGAAGUUGAAGGUGUUGUGAUGGCCCUGGAGUGACAUUCAGAAGCUAGUCGAGAAGAAGGUAGUGUGGUUGAUGACUGUAGAUGAUUACAUGGUUUGAUUCUUUCUCAUGAUGAGAUUUUCUUGUUGGCUGAUACAAGGGAAAGUCAAUGGCUUCCUACACUGCUUUGUGCGUACGAUAACAAGGUCAAUCUACUUAAAUCUUCUUGGUAGAAUUGUUGGCACUUUGCCUUCAGUUUUUGCCUUAAGCCUUGACACAUUGACUUUUCGUAAUUUUUGUACUGACUCCAAAUAAUACACCUGUCAAAUUUAUAUCUAAAUUAUUUUAUAUAUUCAGCUUUAGUUUGAUGAA